UUCAUGCACUUCAGUGCUGUGCGCGAGCCCGUACGUACGUCCCGUCCCUCCUGGACAGCAGCAGAAACAGCAGCACGCGACUGAACCGCUUAUUGCUGAAACUCUCGGAGUAACCGUGCAUGCAUGAAUUAAACAUGCCACUUAUUUUGGUUUAUGCGCUAAAUAUUGUUAUACUGUUUGACUUGGUGGAAGUAAAGCAGACUGACUCGUUUACACGGGAUGCGGAUGCACCGAGGGACAUGCUGUCUAUGCAUAUGUUUAAACUGCAUGAAAAAUUUAACAAGGACCGGCAAACACACCGGACCAACAAUACGGUUAGGAGCUUCCAGGCACUCCCAGUGUCCACCCACAACAAGAUCCUCUUUCAUUUCAAUCUGACCUCCGUGUCUGAGUCAGAGGUGGUCUUAUCUGCAAGUCUUCACUUCCUCAGGCCACAUGGUCGAUUACGGCCCUUGAACUGCCGCCGUACCAGAGGGCCCUUGUGUCACAGCCAACACCUGCAGCCUACCACAGCAUUAAAGCUGAUCCUUCGAGGGAUGUCACAAAACACAACUUUUCCACCACAUUUGGGUAACAUUACAUUGUCAUUUGUCAAGAAAGGAUCCUGGCAGAUGGCUGAUGUGUCCUCAAUUGUCCAGUUGGCUCGUGCUCGUAAUGACCUCAUAAUUUCAGUGGAGUUUAAUUUUGGAGAGAGGCACCCAUGGCAGCAGGAUCACCUCACAUCUAAAGCUUUGCCUUACAUUCUCAUUUUUGCUAAUGACCUGUCCAUAAACGAACCAAACAGCAUCGCUCUGAGCUUACAGAGGUAUAGCCCUGUAGGAGAAGACAAAGGAAACAGACCUCCCUUAGUCACACCAAGCUCCAGGAUCAGAAGAGCAGCAGAAGAUUUACAGAAUUUCCUUCCCAAUGUCCAGAACAAUGAUCAAAAAAACAAGGAACUGUGGUACAACACUUACUUUGCAUUAAAGCCCAAAUCUUUGUCUAAGGGUCAAGGUGGUAGACACGGUCCUGAAGUCAGCAAUGUAGGAAGUAGGACUCAGGAGCUGAGCUUCGAUAAAAGGACCAUGAAAAAGGCUCGACGUAAGCAAUGGAGUGAGCCUCGAGUAUGUGCGAGACGUUACCUGAGAGUGGAUUUUGCAGAUAUUGGCUGGAGUGAGUGGAUUCUAGCCCCGAAAGCAUUUGAUGCCUAUUACUGUGCAGGAACUUGUGGAUUUCACAUGCCCAAGGUGGUUCAUCCCUCUAAUCAUGCCACCAUUCAAAGCAUUGUGAGGGCAGUGGGGAUUGUUCCCGGAGUUCCUGAGCCUUGCUGCGUUCCUGAGAAGAUGAGCAAACUGGCUGUGCUGUUUCUAGACACCGGGAGGAACAUGGUGCUGAAACUCUACCCAAACAUGUCCGUGGAGACCUGUGCUUGUCGGUAAACAUGAUCACCAUCUGGCAUUCGUUUUUGGUGAAGAGACUAUGGACAAGACUUUGCAAGAUUCCUCAAGGCUUUGGGAAGACAAGAUAUGUAUUAGCUUAUCAGUUGUAACAAUUUCAGACAUACAAUUCAAUGACAGUCUACAUCUAACUAAAGUCUGAAGCAACUACUAGAACAAUGCUGUUGAAUUUUACAGACUUGGUUUUUUUUUUACUGGUUUUGUGUACAGUCACUUAGUGCAAUACGACAUCAAAUAUACAGAACAAUAUUCCUUAAUGUCACAGUAGAAUUCUUUAUAAUUUAAUAACAGGCAGCAUUUUAGCACAUUGAAACCGUUAGGCCUUUAGUUAAUUUUAUACAUUUGCCAUACAAAUAAAGUGUCAGUAUACUGUAACUCUCUAAUCCUAACAUUUUUAUAGAGAAAAGAAUUGGAACAGGUAUAAAACAAAAAUGUUAUUAAUGAAACAUUUUAUUUGGUUUAAAACAUAGCUGGAAACCCACUUUAAUCUCUGUGAGAUCUGCUUUGUAACAAUUAAUGCUUUCAGACAAGAGAAGCCUUGUAUGUUGGAUGGGAGAAAUACUGUACUGCUGCCAUCUAGUGCCUUUUCAUUCAGAAUUCAAUACAAAUUACAAACAAAUCAUUUUUGUUCAUUUUCAUACAAGGGUCAUGCAUACUGUAGAUUUUGCUUUGUCUCACACACAUAUAUAGAUAUGAAUAUUA